CUUUUGACUUUUUUUAAAAAGCAGUUUUUUCCUCCCAUACAGCAGUUGCGUAUUUUUGGAUCUCUCGCCGUGGAGCAGUGACAAGAGGUUGCUCAACUUUUGAUGGAAAACAAGAGGUCGGGCGACUGCUGACUUUAAAGGUGAUAGUGAGCAGAGGUGCUGAGAAUGAUGGACCAUCUCAGCGAGGCGUGUUUGGGCAAGGAGAACUCUGACCUGGUCAACAGCAUGGCAGAGACCAAGGCCCCGCCGGCCAAGCUGCCCCGUCUGGAGCAGAACGGCAGCCCCCUGGGCCGGGCCAGGCUGGGCAGCACCGGGGCCAAACUAGCCGGGGUCCCGUACAAACCCACCGGCCACCUGCUGAAGACCUGCCACAAAAGAGGCAACAUGCUGCCUGUGUUCUGCGUGGUCGAGCACUACGAGAAUCCCAUGGAUUUUGACAGCAAGGAGGAGCACGCCGAGUUCGUCCUGGUACGCAAGGACAUGCUCUUCAACCAGCUCAUCGAGAUGGCCCUGCUGUCGCUGGGCUACUCCCACAGCUCAGCGGCCCAGGCCAAAGGUAUGAUUCAGGUGGGGAAGUGGAACCCCGUCCCCCUGUCAUACGUGACAGACGCACCGGACGCUACAGUGGCUGACAUGCUGCAGGACGUCUACCACGUGGUCACGCUUAAGAUCCAGCUGCACAGAAAUCUAGCCAGUAACACCUUAAAUUGUUUCGCCGAGCACAACGAGCCAGGAAGUUGUCCUAAGCUGGAGGACCUGCCGCCCGAGCAAUGGAGCCACUCUACAGUAAGAAACGCCCUCAAGGAGUUACUCAAAGACAUGAAUCAGAGCUCUCUGGCUAAAGAAUGUCCCUUAUCACAGAGUAUGAUUUCCUCCAUUGUGAACAGCACUUACUAUGCAAAUGUGUCGGCGGCGAAGUGUCAGGAAUUUGGGCGCUGGUAUAAACAUUUCAAGAAGACAAAAGAUAUGAUGGGCAUGCGCCAACCCUCCCAGCUGGAGGGCUACCUGGGGACGUGUGUCCUCCGUGAGAGCCCGCGUGCCAAUGCACUAGCAGAGAUGGAUGGUCUGUCCGACCUCUCUCCACCUGGCUCUAAUCACAGCCACAACCACAACCACAACCACCUGGGCUUCUCCCAGCAGCAGCAGCCCAUCCCCGGCAGCACAGCAGAGCAGACUCCUUCCUCGCCGGUGCCCCCGCUGCCCCACGCCCCGCCACCACACGGUGGCCAGACUGGCGGCCGACAGCCCCAGCUUCCCGGUCUGCACCACCCAGGCCUGGUGUCCACGCCCAUCAGCCCCCAGCUGGUCAACCAGCAGCUCGUGAUGGCACAGAUCCUCAACCAGCAGUAUGCAGUGAACCGGCUGCUGGCGCAGCAGUCCCUGUCGCAGCAGUACCUCAACCACCCACCUGUCAACCGCAACUCCCACAGCAAGCCCAUGGAGCCACAGGUGGCAUCAAACACAGAGGUGUCCGUCGAAAUUUACCAAUGGGUGAGGGAUGAGCUGAAGCGGGCUGGCAUCUCACAGGCCGUCUUCGCCCGUGUGGCCUUCAACAGAACCCAGGGCUUGCUGUCUGAGAUUCUGCGCAAGGAGGAGGACCCUAAGACAGCGUCUCAGUCGCUGCUGGUCAACCUGCGCGCCAUGCAGAACUUCCUGCAGCUGCCGGAGGCCGAGCGCGAUCGCAUCUAUCAAGAGGAGAGGGAGCGCAGCCUCACGGCAGCCUCGGCAAUGGGCGCCGCUCCUCUUAUCAGCACUCCACCCAGCCGACCUGUACAGCCCCGGAGGGAAGACUGUAACAGCGUAAGGCCCGAGGACUGGAAUCCCAGAAUCCCCGUGGGCAUUUCCCCUGUGAAACCGUCGCCUCUGCCCAGCGAGUGGAAUGGCAAAACCGAGAGCUGCAUCCUCAACAUCAACUCCACCAUCUAUGACGAGAUCCAGCAGGAGAUGAAGAGGGCCAAAGUGUCCCAGGCCCUGUUCGCAAAGGUGGCCGCCUCCAAGAGCCAGGGCUGGCUCUGUGAGCUGCUGCGUUGGAAGGAGGAUCCGUCUCCGGAGAACCGGACGCUCUGGGAGAACCUCUCCAUGAUCCGCCGCUUCCUGAGCCUCGCCCAGGUGGAGCGCGACGCCAUCUACGAGCAGGAGAGCAGCGCCGGGCAGCAGCAGCACCACAACGAGCGGCCGACGCACAUGAUGCACAUGUCCACGGACCAGCUACAGGCUCCGCCGCCCCAGUCACAGCAGCCCUCCCAACCCCUCUUGUCUCAGCAGCCCUUGCAGCAACUGCAGCCCACCACCGGCCCCCGGUUGCCGCCUCGCCAGCCCUCCACCGCCUCCCCGGCAGAGACGGAGGACGAGGGCAGCCGCGGAGGGGGCAUCAAGUCCCGCACCUGCGGAGGGAAGAUCUCCCUGGAGGCCCUUGGCAUCCUGCAGAGCUUCAUCCAGGACGUGGGCCUGUACCCUGACGAGGAGGCCAUCCACACCCUGUCAGCCCAGCUGGACCUGCCCAAGCUCACCAUCAUCAAGUUCUUCCAGAACCAGCGCUUCUACAUCAAUCAUCCAGCCAAGGCGCCCAAGGAGCCCAGCAACAACAACAACAACAACAACAACAGCAGCAGCAGCAGCAGCACCGCAGCCACCACCAACACCAACACCAGCAGCAGCAGCAGCAGCAGCAGCCCGGCCUUCGAGGAGGAGCUGACGGACUUCAGGGAGAGCGGAGAGCUGCUGAAGGAGCUGGACGACAGCACGCAGACCAACAGCACCAUCUUCUCCAUCAAGAUCGAGGAGCAGCUGGCCCGAGGCGCCGAGGCCCAGUCAGAGUCAGAGCACGAGGCCAAGGAGUAGGACUCUCGCCCGUCUGAACACAUACCGAGAGUUUUCUUGUGCACACACACAGACUGGUGACUGUGCUAAAUGUACCGCUCUGGCCGACACAGAACCACCACACUGCAAAUAAAGAAAAGUAGUGUUUUUAAUCAGUACAGCGUCUGGACUAUAUGAGGAGUGUUUAUAUAUAUCAGACUGACUAUGUGAAGUGAGUGCUCACACACUGGAAAGCCCAUUUCAGACUCAAGUACUACUUUUUGGAUUUUGUAAAACUUGUAUUAUUCACUGUAAAGACUGAUGCAUCAUUUAAAUAAUCUGCACAAAAAAUUAUUCUAAGUAUGUUGCCGUGGAUAUUUGCUGACUGCACUCUAUGUCUGUUGUUUUACACUGACUUACUUUAUCUUUUUGAGCUACUGAUUAUAUUUAAAAAGAAAAAAGUCCCCCUGGAGUUUGCUAGGACUUUGAUAGGUGUUUACGUAUGUGAUGUUUAACUGGAUUUGUUUUCUUUUCUUUUUUUUUUAAAAUAGCAAAUGAAAUCAAGGACCAAGUGGUUGACAAGGCCUUAAUUAUGAGGUAUCAAGUCUGGAGCCUGCUGGCAGAUUAGUUAUUCUUUUAAAAAGCGCAUAAUGUGAUUAUGGAUCACUCCAAACUCUGGAGCGCGAUCACCCAGCCCAGGUGAAUCUCCGAGAAUAGCUCAGUCUUUACAUAUUAUUUGUUAGGGAGGAAAUAUAAAUAUAUAUAUAUAGACAUUAUAUUGUAACUGUAAAAAAAAAUACAGUCUUAAAGAAACUAUGCCAACAAAUGCCUUGUACUAUACGGCACUGCCGAUGUUAGAUUAUUUUGCAAAACCUUUGUCACUGUAACUCUCUGAAUUGCCACACAGUUAGAAAUGUGAAUUACACCAUGUUUAUGUUGUCCGACAUUAUUUAUUUGCAGUUCAUGCAGUGUUUCUGAUGUAAUUACUUUUUUUAAAAAGUUUAUGUUGCGUAGAGCUUUUUUUAAAAUU